GGAGGAGGCGAGGAUUUAAGGCCCUCCUGAAGUGUCUUUCUGGAAAAUUCUGCCGUCGGGAGCUCAUCGGAAUCAUGGGACCCUCUGGGGCCGGCAAGUCCACUCUCAUGAACAUUCUUGCUGGCUACAGAGAGACAGGCAUGAAAGGUCAGAUCCUGGUAAACGGGCGACCCCGUGACCUCCGCACCUUCAGAAAAAUGUCGUGUUACAUUAUGCAAGAUGACAUGCUACUGCCACAUCUAACAACACGAGAGGCAAUGAUGGUUUCAGCUAACCUUAAACUUAACGAAAACAUGGAAGUGAAAAAAGAACUGGUCAAUGAGAUCCUCACAGCAUUAGGACUGCAGGAGUGCGCUCACACUCGCACCAUUUCUCUGUCGGGUGGCCAGUGUAAACGGUUGGCUAUUGCUCAGGAGCUGGUCAAUAACCCACCUGUCAUGUUUUUUGAUGAACCCACCAGUGGUCUAGACAGCGCAUCCUGUUUCCAGGUGGUGUCCUUGAUGAAAUCUCUGGCUCAAGGAGGUAGAACCAUCAUCUGUACCAUCCACCAGCCCAGUGCUAAACUAUUUGAAAUGUUCGACAAGCUUUAUAUCCUGAGUCAAGGUCAGUGUAUAUAUAAGGGAACAGUACCGUACCUUAUCCCCUACCUGAAAAACCUUGGACUCCACUGCCCUACGUACCACAAUCCUGCAGACUUUAUAAUCGAGGUCGCCUCAGGAGAGUAUGGUGAUCUGAACCCUGUGCUCUUCGAGGCGGUUCAGGGAGGCCUGUGUUCAGAUGAGGGGAAGAAGAUCUCCAGUGACAAGAACGACGCCACCACAUCCUGUCCAUCCCAGUGUUAUAAUGAUUCAGGCUACAUUGAGAAACACACUUUUGCCACAAGUACCCUCACACAGUUCUGCAUCCUUUUCAAGAGAACCUUCAUCACUAUAUGCAGGGACAUGGUAUUAACCCACCUGAGGGUGAUGUCACACCUGUGUAUUGGUGUGCUGAUUGGUCUGCUGUACCUAAACAUUGGGAAUGAUGCUAGUAAAGUGUUCAACAAUACUGGCUUCCUGUUCUUCUCCAUGCUGUUUCUCAUGUUUGCAGCACUCAUGCCCACCGUUCUGACAUUUCCACUGGAGAUGUCUGUGUUUAUAAGGGAGCAUCUUAAUUAUUGGUACAGUCUAAAGGCAUAUUACCUGGCCAAGACCAUGGCUGACAUUCCAUUCCAGGUAAUUUGUCCGAUAAUGUACUGCAGUAUAGUGUACUGGAUGACAGAGCAGCCUCCAGAGGCAGGCAGAUAUCUGCUCUUUAUGGCCCUGUCCACCUCCACUGCCCUAGUGGCUCAGUCUCUGGGGCUUCUCAUUGGAGCUGCGUCCACCUCCCUACAGGUUGCCACAUUCGUAGGUCCGGUCUCUGCCAUCCCAGUCCUUCUGUUCUCUGGCUUCUUUGUCAACUUUGACACCAUCCCCAAAUACCUUCAAUGGAGCUCCUAUGUGUCAUACGUCAGGUAUGGUUUUGAGGGUGUGAUCCUCUCCAUCUAUGGCAUGAACCGCUCAGAGCUGGAGUGUCCCGGCGUGGUGUGCAAGUUCCAGAAACCAGAGGAGGUGCUGCAGCUGCUGGAUGUGGAGGACGCUAAGCUCUACGUGGACUUUAUUGUUCUGGGGGUCUUCUUCUUAAUUCUGAGACUUGCCACUUACCUAGUUCUGCGUUAUAAAGUCAAGUCAGAACGUUAGGGCCAAAACUCAUCAUUAGAUAUACAUUUAAUUUCACAUACACCCAUAAACUCUCAUAAAUGCACAUAACGAUCUUUUUGCAAUAGACACAGAAGCCAAUGCACAUUGAUUAUGGGGCCAUUGUUUGGCCGCACAACA